AUGGCGGAGCACCCGCACUUCUUCUUCUUCUUCUUCUUCUUCUGCUUCUUCAAUUUGCAGCCGGUGUUAGACCUCCUGGAGCGGGAGUUCGCCGGGCUCCGGGCGGAGCUGGUGAGGGAGGUGAAAGGCGCUGCGCGCACGGCGCCCAACCUGGCCGUCCACGGCGUUCGCAGCGAGCACGAGGCCCUGCCCUUCGUUUGCAGCGAGUCUUCCGAUGGGAGCCACAUCGACAUGCGAGGCGGCACGACGUCGGACUCGGAGUGGCUGCUGCGGCGGCACAAGAGCUUCACCUCCGCCAAGAUCUUGGCGAAGCUCGGGGAGGAGGAGGAGAUCCAGGCGGUGCGGCGCCUGAGCCGGGGCACGGCCAAAGUUCGGCCCUGGUCGGAGGUGAUGGAGGAGGCGAAGGAGGAGGUGCAGCAGGCCUUGCGCUCCGUGGCGAAGUCGGAGGCCUCGACUGGCAAGGAGGCCAACCACUCGGAGGAGAGCGGGCAUCGCAUAGAGCCUCCUGAGGGCGAUCCCACGCCCAUGCUGAACGGCUCCCAGCUCUCUCCCGGCGAGAGGGUGUCGCCGAGCCGGUCGAGCCGGGGAGCCUCGAUGACGGAGAAGGCCUUCUCACUGCACAGGGGUGGAUCCAUGACCUCCUUGGACCUGAAACAGACCUCCUGGAUCCAGCGGAAGCUGAUGGGCCUAGUUGGCGCCAUGUGGUUCGAGUCCCUGUCCAUGAUCCUGCUGAUGGCCAAUGCCGUUCUGAUCGGGGUGCAGACGGACUACAUGGCCAUCAACAACAGCUCUUCGGUGCCCUUCGGUCUGAGGAUCACCGACCUCCUCUUCUGCGUUUUCUUCAGCAUCGAGCUAAUACUUCGGCUGGUGUGUUUCGGGCGCCGCUUCUUCACCAUGAACGGCUGCGCCUGGAACGUUAUGGACAUGCUGCUGGUCAGCGCGCAUAUGACCGAGGAGAUCUUGCUCCUCAUCGCGGAAGCGGAAGGGGGCCGGCUGGCCAACACCAACCCAGACGUGAUGCGGAUCAUUCGGGUGCUGCGGGCCAUCAAGGUGGUACGCCUGGUGGGGGCGGUGCGCUUCGCCCAGGAUCUGCAGCUGCUGAUCAACUGCCUCUUCCGCUCCCUCAAGCAAUUCUUAUGGUCCGCCCUGCUGCUGCUGUUGGCCAUCUACGUGGUAGCUGUCUACAUCACGCAGGCUGCCACGGCGUACCGACUGGAGUCCAACGAGGGCACCCACAAGGCGAACAUGCUGCGGUGGUGGGGGUCCAUGCCGCAGAGCGUGCUGUCCUUGUUCCAGGGGGUGACCGGCGGAGUGGACUGGCACCAGAUCUCCGACCCGCUGGUGGACGGCAUCUCUCCAUGGUUCGGACUGCUCUUCAUCGUUUUCAUGGCCUUUUGCAUCUUAGCCCUGCUCAACGUGAUCACAGGCACCUUUGUAGAGACGAUGAGCCAACAAGCCAAGGAGCUGCAGUUGAGGAAUCGGAUCUACCAGGCGCGGCGCCUGUUCCGCGAGAUCGAUCGGGACGGCUCGGGGUUUAUCAGCCCGGACGAGAUCCUAGACCACACAGAAACCCCCGCGGUGCUGGAGUUCUUCGAGACCAUCGACAUCGACCCCUCAGAGGCCAAGGGCCUCCUGGAGGUCAUCGAUAUCGACGGGAACGGAAAGAUCAACUUCGAGGAGUUUCUGGAAGGCUCGCUGCGCCUGAACGGGGCCGCGAAGAGCUCCGACCUGAUCAUGCUGGCACGAGAGAUGAAGCGCUUCCACGCGAGCCAGCUGAAGGAGCUUGAUUCGGUGAAAGCCAUGAUCACGCGGAGGCAGGAGUUUGCAACGAUGCGCACCGGCCUGGUCUCCGACCUGUCCUGGGAGCUGCAGGAAAUCUUGCUUCGAAGGAGUCCGGGUCGGCGUGGGACCUUUAACUCCGAAGAGUCAGGCGUCUCGGCCUGGAGCCAGGCGGGGCAGCACGACUGGAUGCAUCGGCACCAGAGGUCGUACCAGACGGCCAAGCUCAUCGAGCGGAUGCAGGCGGAUGACACGUUGGGCCCUACUGGGAGCAUGGGCAGCGGCCGCCGGAAGUCGCGGACUCGACGUUUGCCCCAGACCUUCUCCGAGAUGCCGCCCAUAGAGGCCUUCGCAGAGAGGUCUCUAGGGCAUCGCAUGCCCGUGCCCCUGGAGGUGCAGUCGCUGGAGACCCCGGCCUUGCUGGCGCCGAGUUUGCGGGUGGCCGGCAACGCGGAUGUUUCCCCGGAGCCGGACCCGGAGGUGUCCAAGGAGCCUUCGGAGACCUCCAGCAUCGAGAAGACCCCCAGCAACUUCAAGCCCUCCAUGGUGGAAUGGGCCUUCAGCAACCGCCCGCGGAGCAUGAACUUCGAGGAGCCGGCCUGGGCCAUCCAGCGUUGGCCUCUGCGCUUGGUGAACACCAAGAGCUUCGAGGCGCUCUCCAUGCUGAUGCUUUGUGCGAACGCGGUGACUGUGGGUUUGCAGACGGACCACAUGGCCGUUACCCUGGACUCUGAAACGCCCAGGACGCGCUCUGACCCCAUCGGAAGGUACGGGAGCCGGUUCCUCACCAUGUCGGGCUUCGCCUGGAACCUGCUGGACCUGACCCUCGUGACCGUCCAGGUCUCUGAGGAGCUGCUCCUCGCCCUCGCAGGUGGCCUGCAGUCCAACACCGAGGUGAUGCGCGUGGUGCGCGUGCUGCGGGCCAUCAAGGUGGUCCGCCUGGUGGGUGCGGUGCGAGUCGCCGAAGAUCUCCAGCUCUUGAUCAAUUGCCUGUUCUUGUCGUUGAAGCAGUUCAUGUGGGCAGUGAUGCUGCUGCUACUUGCCAUCUACGUCAUGGCGAUCCUGGUCACGCAGGCGGCCACGGCCCACCGCCUGGAGGCCCUGGCGGACGGGGGCUCCCCGACUCUGAGGAAGUGGUGGGGCUCCAUCCCCACGAGCGUGAUGAGUUUGUUCAAAGGCGUCACCGGUAGCCUCGACUGGGGCCAGCUGGCCGAUCCGCUCAUCCACGAGAUCUCGCCGUGGUUUGGGCUUCUGUUCUUCAUGUUCAUGUCAUUCUGUGUGCUAGCUUUGCUCAAUGUGAUCACCGGAACCUUCGUGGAGUCGAUGAGCCAGCAAUCCAAGGACCUGUAUCUGCGCACGCGGGUGGCCCAGGCGCAGCGGCUCUUCAAGGAGAUCGACCAGGACUCCUCCGGCUUCAUCUCCCCCGACGAGAUUCUGGAGCACACCAACAACCCGGCAGUGCAAGAGUUCUUUGAGACCAUCGACGUGCACCCGGCAGAAGCCAAGAACCUCCUUGAGGUUAUAGACAUCGAUGGGAACGGCAAGAUCAACUUUGUCGAGUUCGUGGAGGGUUCACUUCGGCUGAAUGGGGCUGCCAAGUCCUCCGAUUUGAUCUUACUGGCGCGUGAGAUGAAGCGGGUACACCAGAGCCAGAUCAAGGAGCUGGCUGACUUACGGAAGGCCCUGCUCCCGGACGAAGCGACCUGA